UCUCUAUAUCUGUUUUGUUUUUGGUACCACAUCUCUCGUUUAUAAAUUUGAUGGAAGACUAGCUGCUAAUGCUGUGGUCUAAAACGUCUGUCUGAGCUGUUGUCGUCAACCGAAUUGAAUGGCUGGCUUAACAGAAGCACCGCUUCCGUACAGAAUCAUGGAACAGGAUGCUUCAGCUUCAUUUUCUCAUUCGAGCCCGACGGACGCUGUGUCUUUCUUUGGGCUGUGUUUGGUGCUCGGAAUUGCUUGUAGGCACCUCCUGCGUGGGACCAGAGUCCCUUAUACAUUGGCCUUGCUCAUCCUCGGCAUUGGCCUCGGAUCCAUUGAAUAUGGUACUCACCAUCGAUUAGGGAAGAUUGGCGAUGGCAUUCGACUUUGGGCAAAUAUUGAUCCUGACCUUCUGUUGGCUGUUUUUCUUCCUGCACUUCUUUUUGAGAGCUCAUUUUCCAUGGAAGUGCACCAGAUAAAGAGGUGUCUUGCACAAAUUAUAUUCCUUGCUGGUCCAGGUGUUUUGAUUUCGACCUUCUGUCUUGGUUCUGCUUUGAAGUUCACUUUCCCGUACAACUGGAGUUGGAAAACAUCAUUGUUGCUUGGGGGACUUUUGAGUGCCACGGAUCCUGUAGCUGUUGUUGCUUUAUUAAAAGAUCUUGGUGCCAGUAAAAAACUAAGUACAAUAAUUGAAGGAGAAUCCUUGAUGAAUGAUGGGACAGCAAUUGUGGUUUAUCAGUUAUUCUAUCAAAUGGUCCUUGGAAAGAGCUUUAGCUGGACUGCAAUAAUCGAAUUUCUGACCAAAGUCUCACUUGGGGCUGUAGGCAUUGGUCUUGCUUUCGGAAUAAUCUCCGUUUUGUGGCUUGGGGUUAUUUUUAAUGACACGGUGAUCGAGAUUACACUAACACUUGCUGUGAGCUACAUUGCUUACUUCAUUGGUCAAGAGGUGGUUGAUGUUUCUGGUGUUUUGACAGUGAUGACUCUAGGAAUGUUCUAUGCUGCAGUUGCAAAGACUGCUUUCAAGGGUGAUGGCCAACAAAGCUUGCAUCACUUUUGGGAAAUGGUUGCUUAUAUUGCCAAUACGUUAAUUUUUAUCUUAAGUGGUGUUAUUAUAGCUGAAGGCAUUCUUGAUGGAGAUAAUAAUUUCAAAAAUGGAUAUUCAUGGACCUAUCUCAUUCUCCUCUAUGUUUAUGUACAAGUUUCUCGGUUCGUAGUUGUUGGAGUUUUGUAUCCCUUUCUACGGUAUUUUGGCUAUGGUUUGGAUUGGAAAGAAGCUACUAUUCUCAUAUGGUCAGGCUUGCGAGGGGCUGUUGCAUUGUCACUUUCGCUUUCAGUUAAGCGUGCUAGCGAUAGCUCAACAGUACUCGAUUCGAAAACAGGAACUCUGUUUGUUUUCUUCACUGGUGGAAUCGUACUGUUGACACUUAUUGUGAAUGGUUCAACAACACAGUUCAUUUUAAGCCUUUUACAUAUGGAUAAGCUAUCAGCUGCGAAGCAGCGCAUACUGGGCUACACAAAGUAUGAAAUGUUGAACAAAGCGUUAGAGGCUUUUGGUGAACUUGGAGAUGAUGAGGAACUUGGACCUGCUGACUGGCCUACUGUGAAAAGAUAUAUUGAAAGCUUAAACAAUUUGGAAGGGGAAAGUGUGCACCCUUAUGGUGCCUCUGAAGAUGAUGAUAAUGAUCCGAACCCGGCCAAUUUGAAUGAUAUACGCAUACGCAUGUUGAAUGGUGUCCAAGCUGCCUACUGGGGUAUGCUGGAUGAAGGGAGGAUUACACAAACUACUGCAAACCUUUUGAUGCAGUCAGUGGAUGAAGCGCUUGACUUGGUUUCACAUGAGCCUUUAUGUGAUUGGAACGGUUUAAAAACUAAUGUUCAAUUCCCAAGUUAUUACAAGCUGCUUCAAGUGGGCUUUAUCCCCCAAAAGUUGGCUUUGUAUUUCACCGUGGAAAGGUUGGAAUCUGCAUGUUAUAUAUGUGCUGCAUUUCUUCGUGCCCAUAGAAUCGCACGAUGGCAGCUACGUGACUUUUUAGGUGAAAGUGAUGUGGCUUCUAUAGUCAUCAAUGAAAGCGAGGCAGAAGGACAAGAAGCAAGAAAGUUCUUGGAAGAUGUUCGUGUAGCUUUUCCUCAGGUUUUACGGGUUGUGAAGACAAGACAAGUAACAUAUUCAGUGCUGAAUCAUUUAAUAGAUUAUAUCCAAAAUUGUGAGAAGAUUGGGUUAUUGGAAGAGAAAGAGAUGCUACAUCUUCAUGAUGCUGUCCAGACUGACUUGAAAAAGCUUCUAAGGAACCCUCCUUUAGUUGAGAUACCAAAAAUAAGUGACUUGAUUAGUGUGCAUCCUUUAUUUGGGGCUCUCCCUUCUUCGGUCAGUGCCCCACUCCAAGGUUCUACCAAAGAAACAGUAAAGUUAUGUGGUGUAACACUUUACAAGGAAGGUUUCAAGCCAAAUGGUAUUUGGCUUAUUUCCAAUGGGGUGGUCAAGUGGACAAGUAAGAGCAUAAAAAACAAGCACUCACUUCAUCCGGCUUUUACACAUGGGAGUACUUUGGGCCUAUAUGAAGUGCUAAGUGGGAAGUCUAACAUUUGUGACAUGAUCACAGAUUCUGUGGUUCUCUGUUUUUUUGUUGAAAGUGAGAAGAUACUUUCAGUCCUGAGUUUGGAUCCGUCAUUAGAAGAUUUUCUUUGGCAGGAAAGUGCUAUUGUUCUUGUUAAACUCUUGCUUCCUCAGAUAUUUGAAAAAAUGGCACUGCAAGAUUUGAGGGCUCUUGUGUCAGAACGGUCAAUAAUGAAGUUAUACAUAAGGGGAGAAACUAUAGAAGUUCCUCAGCAUUCUAUUGGUUUGUUAUUAGAAGGAUUUAUAAAAAUACAGGGGGCUGAAGAACUCCUUGCAUCACCUGAGGCUCUGUUGCCUUCACAUGGGAGUCUAAUUUUCGAAAGCCUCAAAUUGUCAGGUAUCACAGGAGCCAGUCUUUCUCAUCAAGGAUCCUGCUAUCAAGUAGAAACAAGAGCAAGAGUGAUAAUUUUUGACAUGGCAGCAUUUGAAGCCGACGGUACUCUCCAAAGAAGGUCAUCCUGGAUAUCUCCUUCUGCUGAUCGCCCCCAUAGAUCCCUUGGCAGGGAACAUCGUGGUCUAAUGAGUUGGCCAGAAAACUUCUAUAAUCCAAGGAAACAUAACCAGAUCCCUGAAGGGAUUGACCGACAAGCUAACAGCUUGUCUGCAAGGGCAAUGCAGCUUAGUAUCUAUGGCAGUAUGGUGAAUACCCAAUGGUGUACUAGAAGUUCUUGGAGGCGUGGUCUCAUUAAGCCAUCACACAGCUUGUCUUAUCCAACAGUUCCUUCAUAUAAACAUCGAGGCCUUCGUUCUGUCAAGUCAAAAGGAGGUAUUACUGCAAGGAAGAACCUUGGUGAGAACAAGUUUACAGGUAAUCUACAAGUUAAAUGUCCAAGAGGCAGUCAUGCAGUAGAUGAUUUUAGUGACGAGUCCGGACCUGAGGAUGAGGUCGUAGUGAGCAUUGAUUCCCCAAGUAGGCUUUCUUUCCGCUAGGUUUCGUGAAAGUCAACAUCUUCAGAGUGAUGGUCAUGAUUCAUUUAUUCUAGUUGUUGCAUUCUGCUCGAGGGUUCUAUGUAAAUAAGGAAAAGGUCAAAUAUGAUAGCCUAAAGGCCUUCCACUAGGUAAAACUCGAUGAUGUGAUAUGUUUUAUGUUAUCUUACUAAAUUUUGUAUGGUUUAUGCACCGAUUACCAAAUACAAUGAAAUCCUUUUGAGUAA